AUGGGCGAUGCGAGGGAGUACACGGAGCUCUCCGAGCAGAAGACGGAGCCUUUCUCGCAGGGCGAACUCCAGGCCCGGUUGCAACGGUCCCGUAUGGAAGAGCUCAGUGCUAUGAACAGCACAGUGCCGCUGGAUAAGCUGGUGGUCCCGCUGGACAAGGACAUUCGCAUUCUACUGAGACCGCUUGCGGGCAGCCGAGCUGUGAGCCCUGGUGAGCAAGACAACUGCAAGUUACUUGCAUUUCACGCCGCGGAUGCCGAAGAGGACGAGCCGCCGCACAAGGUUCUAGCCGUGACACAACGAGACCGGGACAUCCGAUUUACCGUGAGAAUUCCCGACAUUCUCCCUAAUCUCGCCUUGCAGUGUGAGCUGUACUAUGACCCUGCCAGCGACAACCAGAUCUUCAUCAACCGCUCGAACCAGCCUGUCACGGUGUCCAGGAUAUCCCAAGAGCCCAGAGACAACCAAGGAGAUCAGUACGAAGUGAACCCGCGUGAUUUCAAGGCCCUUGCUCCAGGAACAUGGCGCGUCCACAUGGGUGGAAACAAGGCACUGGAUUUUCGAAUCCUAGAAAAGCGGCCAAUGCUGCUACGUGGGCCUUCAAGUUUCUCGUCUGACCUGUCUGAUGGGGUGAAUUCCGCGGGCAAGAGAUCUUUUGUGGCCGACGCGGACGAUGCCCUCAGCCCUGAAAAGAGGCGACGGGCUCAUGACAGCGCCCAGGAGAAGAACGACGACAGCUACAUCAUGAUCCUUCCUGCUUCAAAGAACCAGCUCACUCUCCCACGGCCCUCGGCAGAGAAGGGGAAGGAGCUUUCAGUGUCAAGUGGCCACCCCCUUCUGGAUAUGCAAUCCGAAGAGACGGUCGAGGUUCCGCCAAGGACACAGGUCGUCGGGUAUACGCUCACGAAAAAGGAGCAAAUUGCAUCGACGAGCUUGUCAAGCGUUUUCACGGCCGACUACUCCGAGGUCCCCUCGGGCGUGAUCGUCGUCAAGGUCCUCAAGACCCGAUCUCCGCUUACGGCCAACAAUGAGGCCGCUGAGGCUAAGGACGUGAUUCGUCAGGCUGAUAUCUGGCUGCGCGAAUUCCAGAGCCAAGGAAAUCUUGAGCACAAGAGCAUUGUGCGCUUGUACGGCGGCGACGCCAGGUUUCUUUCGUUGUACAUGGAGCAUGUCGAUGGUCGAGAUUUGUCCUCCAGGAGCAUGUGGCGGACUCCGGGAACGGAUCUGUUCAGCGGCGACCGCACUGACGCCUCGCACAUUUUGCGCGACAUCGCGAGCGCCCUGCACUACGUCCACGGGAAGGGUCUGGUGCACAACGACAUCAAACCGGGCAAUAUCCUGUACAGCCGCGAGCGCGGAGCCGUACUGUGUGACUUUGGCCUAUCAUCUCAUCAAUCCAGAGAUACAGCCUCGAUCGGUGGUACCCCGUGGUAUGUGCCGCCCGAAUUCAUCGGCCGGAAGCAGCGCGGUCCACCAAGUGACGUUUGGGCUCUAGGGGUCACGAUGCUAUACGUCCUGGGCAAGAUCUCGUGGCCGGAUGCGAGGGCGCAUAAGAACCACCCACGGCACCUACACUGGGUGAUUGCCAAGGUCAACUCGAGGGACCAAGACCCAUCCAACCGCAUGAGAGAGUGGCUGAAGGAGGUGAACGCAGCACGCAGCGGGCUCGAUUUACGCGAUAAGCUUGAGCGCCUAGUAUACGAAAUGCUGGCACCUAAUCCGCAAUCCAGAGUGACGACCAAAGACAUUGUCAACCAGAUGUUUGCCGAAGCAGCGCUGGACACAUGA